AUGCGACCAGGAUGCAGGGAGGGCGCGCUACUGCUGCGGCUGUUAAUGCUCAGCCAAGGAAUUUUAAAUUGUUGUGUGGCAUACAAUGUUGGUCUCCCAGAAGCAAAAAUAUUUUCUGGUCCAUCAAGUGAACAGUUUGGUUAUGCUGUGCAGCAGUUUAUAAAUCCAAAGGGAAACUGGUUACUGGUUGGCUCCCCUUGGAGUGGCUUCCCUAAGAACCGAAUGGGAGAUGUGUACAAAUGUCCUGUUGAUCUACCCACUGCUACAUGUGAAAAACUGAAUUUGCAAACUUCAACCAACAUUCCAAACGUUACUGAGAUGAAAACCAACAUGAGCCUCGGCUUGACCCUCACAAGGAACAUAAGGACUGGAGGGUUUCUCACAUGUGGUCCCUUGUGGGCACAGCAGUGUGGAAAUCAGUAUUACACCGCGGGAGUUUGUUCUGAGGUCGGUCCUGAUUUUCAACACUUGACCAGCUUUUCACCUGCAGUUCAGACUUGUCCUUCCCUCAUAGAUGUUGUGGUUGUGUGUGACGAAUCAAAUAGUAUUUAUCCGUGGGAGGCGGUAAAGAAUUUCCUAGAAAAGUUUGUACAAGGCCUGGAUAUAGGCCCCACAAAGACACAGGUGGGAUUAAUUCAAUAUGGCAAUGAUCCAAGAGUUGUGUUUAAUCUGAAUACUUAUAAAACCAAAGCUGAAUUGACAGAAGCAGCAUCCCGCACAUACCAACGUGGUGGGGACCUAACAAAUACAUUUAAAGCAAUUCAAUAUGCAAGAGAUUUUGCUUAUUCAUCAACUGCUGGUGGACGACCAAGUGCUACAAAAGUAAUGGUGGUCGUAACCGAUGGUGAAUCACACGAUGGUUCAAUGUUGAAAGCGGUGAUUGAUCAGUGCAACAAUGACAAUAUACUGAGAUUUGGCAUAGCCGUUCUUGGAUACUUAAACAGAAACGCCCUUGAUACCAAGAAUUUAAUAAAAGAAAUAAAAGCAAUUACCAGUGUUCCAACAGAAAGAUACUUUUUCAAUGUGUCUGAUGAGAAAGCUCUACUAGAAAAGGCUGGGACUCUAGGAGAACAAAUUUUCAGCAUUGAAGAUUUACCUGUAGUAUGUGUCACACUAAAUAAAGCUCAGGAAAGCCUGAUGCUGGGUGCAGUGGGAGCUUAUGGCUGGAGUGGAACUGUUGUCCAGCAGUCUUCUCAUAGACAAUAUAUAUUUCCAAAACAAGCUUUUGAACAAAUUCUGCAAGACAGAAACCACAGUUCAUAUUUAGGUUACUCUGUGGCUGUGAUUUCUACUGGAAAAAACCUCCACUUUGUUGCUGGUGCUCCUCGGGCAAAUUAUACCGGUCAGAUAGUGCUAUACCGUGUGAAUGAGAGUGGAAAUGUCACAAUUAUUCAGCCUCACAGAGGUGACCAGAUUGGCUCCUAUUUUGGCAGUGUGCUGUGUUCAGUUGAUGUGAAUAGAGACUCCAUCACAGACAUACUCUUAGUGGGUGCACCAAUGUACAUGAAUGAUCUCAAGAAAGAGGAAGGAAGAGUCUACCUGUUUACUAUCACAAAGGGUAUUUUGAAUCAUCACCAAUUUCUGGAAGGCCCUGAGGGAUUUGAAAAUGCUCGGUUUGGCUCAGCAAUUGCAGCUCUCUCAGACAUCAACAUGGAUGGCUUUAAUGAUGUAAUCGUUGGUUCACCUUUAGAGAAUCAGAAUGCUGGAGCUGUCUAUAUCUACAACGGUCAGCAGAGCACCAUUCGCACCAAGUAUUCUCAGAAAAUCUUGGGAUCUGAUAGAGCUUUUAGGAGUCCUCUCCAGUACUUCGGGAGAUCAUUGGAUGGCUAUGGAGAUUUAAAUGGGGAUUCCAUCACAGACGUAUCCAUUGGUGCCUUUGGGCAAGUGGUUCAACUCUGGUCACAGAGUAUCGCUGAUGUAUCCGUAGAAGCUUUUUUCACACCAGAAAAAAUCACGUUGUUCAACAAGAAUGCUGAGAUAAUUCUUAAACUUUGUUUCAGUGCAAAAUUUAGACCUACUAAGCAAAAUAAUCAAGUGGACAUUACAUAUAACAUCACUCUUGAUGCAGAUGGAUUUUCAUCCAGAGUAACCUCCAGGGGAUUAUUUAAGGACAAUAAUGAAAGAAUCCUGCAGAAGAAUAUGUUAGUAAAUCAAGCACAGGAUUGCUCUGAGCACGUGAUCCUUGUCCAGGAGCCCUCUGAUGUUGUUAACCCUUUGGAUCUGCGUGUGAACAUCAGUCUGGAGAACCCUGGCUCGAGUCCUGCUCUUGAAGCCUAUUCUGAGAUGGCCAAGGUCUUCAGUAUUCCUUUCCAUAAAGAUUGUGGUGAUGAUGGACUUUGCAUCUCUGAUCUAGUUCUAAAUGUUCAACAGCACCCAGCUCAUCAAAAACAACCCUUUAUUGUCAGCAAUCAAAACAAACGAUUAAAAUUUUCAGUAACACUUAAAAACAAAAAGGAAAGUGCAUACAACACAAGAAUUGUUGCUGCUUUUUCAGAAAACUUGUUUUUUGCUUCAUCCUCCAUGCCGGUUGAUGGGACAGAAGUCACGUGUCAGGUUGAUUCAUCUCAGAAGUCUGUUACCUGCAAUGUGGGUUACCCUGCUUUAAAGAGGGAACAACAGGUGACAUUUACUAUUAACUUUGAUUUCAACCUACAAAAUCCUCAGAAUCUGGCAUCUAUCAGUUUCCAAGCCUUAAGUGAAAGCCAUGAAGAAAAUAAUGCAGAUAACUUCGUCAGCUUCAAAAUUCCUCUGCUAUAUGAUGCUGAAAUUCACUUAACAAGAUCUACCAGCAUUCAUUUUUAUGAAGUUUCUUCAGAUGGUAAAGUUCCUUCCACCAUGCAUAAUUUUGAAGAUAUUGGUCCAAAAUUCAUCUUCUCUCUUAAGGUAACAACAGGUAGUGUUCCAGUAAGUAUGGCAUAUGUAAACAUUCACAUACCUCAAUACUCCAAGGAAAAGAAUCCACUGAUGUACCUGACUGGGGUGCACACAGACCAGGCUGGCGACAUCAGUUGUAAAGCGGAAAUAAAUCCACUGGAAAUAGGACAAGCAUCUCCUUCUGUAUCUUUCAAGAGUGAAAAUUUCCGGCAUAUGAAAGAAUUGAACUGCAGAACUGCUUCAUGUAGUAAUGUUACCUGCUGGCUGAAAGACCUUCAGAUGAAAAGAGAAUAUUAUGUUAAUGUGUCUACCAGAAUUUGGAAUGGAACUUUUGUGGCAUCAACUUUCCAGACAAUACAGUUGACAGCAUCUGCAGAAAUUGACACCUAUAACCCUCAGAUAUAUGUGAUUGAAGAAAACACCGUCAUGAUUCCCCUUACAAUCAUGAAGCCUGAUGAGAAAGCUGAAGUACCAACCGGAGUUAUUGUAGGAAGUGUAAUUGCUGGCAUCCUUUUGCUCCUAGCUCUGGUUGCAGUUUUAUGGAAGCUUGGCUUCUUCAAAAGAAAAUACGAAAAAAUGAGCAAAAAUCCAGAUGAGAGCGAUGAGGCAACAGAAUUAAGCAGCUGA